AUGUGGGCGUGCUAAAAGCCAGCUAGUCGCGCCCAGCCUGCGCCAAUGGAAGAUGCAAGCGACGGCAAAGGUGCGGCUCUCUCGCUGGACAACAACACCAACAAUGACCAGCUCUCGGGGCGGGUGCGCUCGGGGAGCGCAAGCAGCGGACACAAGCGCAGCUCUUCGGGCUCCCUCCUGUCGCGCCUCUCCUUUCUGCGAAUGAUCCAAGCGACCCAGAACACCCCGGAGCGGAACCAUUCGGGCAUCGAGCCCGACGACAGCGGCGACUUCGGCACCGGCCUGCGAGGGGGGAGGGCGAUGUCGAACGCAAUCCAACAGCACCGAAGAACGCGCAGGAGAAGAGGCUCCCUACGCAAAACUGCCCUCCUCGGCACCCGACUCGACUACCGAGACAAGAAACCCGCCAGACUCCCAGCGGACGCCCUCCGGCCAGAUGUCACCGGGCAACGAUCCAGCCCAUCCCCUCUCCCCUCCGAUUCCCAGAUCCGAUCCUUGACCGACUCCACCUCCCCCGACGAUGAACCCGUCGCCCACAGAAGCUCAGCCCAGCAAGAACAGGCAGGGAAUGCCGGAUGGACGCUCAUGGACGCUCCGCAGCGAACCCGGGCGGCAACAGCGUCAUCGCAUCGACAACAGCAGUCCAAAGAAAGCAUCCUCGGCGACGAGUUGACCACCGACGACGAAGACAUCGUAUCCUUCCCCCGAUCCAACACCACAAUCCCCGCCAUCGCCUCCGCCACAACAACCGCGCUCCACAACCCCUCUGCCACCGGCGCGACGGGCCUCCUCCUCCCCACUGCCUCCUCCAGCUCAGACUCGUACUACGCCCUCCAAGCCGACCCGACAUACCGACCCCUCCACCGCGCGAAGUCGCCUCUCGCAACCCACUCCGUCGAUAUGGCCAGCAGCUCGGACAUGACCUGGGACUACUCGGAGACGGAGUGGUGGGGAUGGAUCAUACUGAUUGUGACAUGGCUGGUGUUCGUGGUCGGGAUGGGCAGCUGCUUUGGCGUGUGGAGCUGGGCCUGGGACGUGGGAGAGACUCCCUACGCGCCCCCGGAGCUGGAGGAUGAUCCCACCCUGCCGAUCGUGGGCUAUUACCCUGCUCUUAUCGUGCUCACCGCCGUGAUGUCGUGGGUAUGGGUCAUCAUUGCCUGGGUGGGGAUGAAGUAUUUCAAGCAUGCCAAUAUAUCCGGGGAGGACAUAUGAGAAUGCUUUCUACGAAUCUUUUUGUUUCUCUUAUCGUCUGCUGUUCAAGCUGCAUGUCUUCCCGCGGGUGGAAACUGUUUUGUUACUUUCUUUCUCUGUAUAUAUAUAUAGUUUAGCGGGUCGGGAUGAUUGGAUGGAUAGAUGGAUGGAUGGAUGGAUGGAGUUCGAGGCUCGGGAGUCUCGAUAUCGUUGGUAAUUAAUAUUUUUUUUUCUUUUA